GAGAGAGUGUUAACACGUGGCUCGAUAAUCAAGACAAAUUAUCUCCGUAAAAUUACUUAUCUUUUCCAGAUCAAAUUUUCGUGUUGUGCCUGAUUUUAUCUGGAGGUAGGAGGUCAACAAUAAUUUUUGAAGGAUAUUGUUUGGUUUUGAUGAUAUUAUAUAUAAUUUUUUCAUUAGUUUCUGCUGUUACAUUAUUUGUUUAUCAUCAUACGUUUGACGCUUGCGUCGAUUUCUCCACCAGUUGCGCGUAACAGUCGAGCGAACAUGGCACCACAUUUAACAAUACUCGAAACUCGAAUACUCCCAGUACUUUAAGGGCGCGCCCCUCCUCUUCAGAGCCAUCAUAUUAAGAAAUGAAAAAAGAUAUGUUUUUUUCAUUUUUAUGUGAAUUUGUAACUGUCUGCCAGCACCAACCCACCCCCCCCCCUGAAAUCCUGAAUCCGCACCUGUACAUAUCACCCAAGAUAUCUCUAUUGGAAUAGGUAUAGAUAUUUUCUAAAUCCUAUCAAUGGACGUAUGAUCAUAGUAUAAGGAAAGGAUUCCUUAUACUAUGGUAUGGUAUAAGGUUACAACCAGGGGCAGAUGGACAAAUCGUUUUCGUCGGCUUUUAAAUCAAUAAAAACCAAAAUAUUUUUGGUGUUGAAAAGCUCGACCUCUAAAGAUUUAUUUUUGAAAAUAAUUAUAAAACAAAAAUAAGAGAGAAAGAAAAGUUUCAUUGAUGGUCAUCGACUUGAGGUCCUCCAGCCACAAAAAUAAUAUAACGCAAAAAAAAAUGUUAAGUAAUCUGAUAAGAAAAGGUACGUGACUGAUCUUGACCUUGGUUUUGGAUUUACGUGGAAAAACUGAAAACAUAGAUAAACUAAUCCUUCUAGUUCAUCUAUGCACUCGUCAGUCAACUUCAUAACAAAAUAACAGCUGUAUGAGGUGUACUCUCAACUCUGAUUUUGACAACUAUGAUGUCAACAAAACAAGAAUUCAAUUUGUAGUUUUUAUUUGCAAAUGAAAAUUUGGGAAUUUAUACCUAUAUAUCAAAUAUUUGAAGCAAUGAUAAAAUACAAUUCUCUUUAUUGAAAAUGCAUGAAGAUACGUUGAAGAAUUUCCUUGGAUUUACGGCGUCAAUAAGUACUAUACUUCAAUUUUUGACUGGAGCUCUAGUAUGUCAGAAGGUUGUUACUAAUAAGAGUACCGGCGAUCAAUCCGCAUUACCAUUUGUGUGCGGUUGUCUUUCUACAAGUCUUUGGCUAAGAUAUGGGUUCUUUAUAAAAGAUACCUCUAUUAUACUGGUAAAUUCAAUUGGCGCUGCCUUAUUUUUUGGAUAUGUGAUAACAUUUGCACUUUACAGUAUAAGAAAGGGUGUUGUAUGUCGACAAGUUUCAGGAUGUGCUUUGACUUUAACAUUUAUUUUAAUCUAUAUACAAAAUGUAGCGUCGCCUCCAAUAGCUCAGAGGCAUUUAGGUCUAAUAUGUACACUAAUGACGAUAUUAUUUUUCGGUGCACCAUUAGUGUCACUAAUGCAUGUGUUGAAAGUACGCAGCACUGAAAGUUUACCAUUCCCCAUAAUACUUUCAUCAUUCCUAGUUUCUGCCCAGUGGAUGGUAUAUGGAGUCCUCUUAGGAGAUCCAUAUGUGCAAAUUCCAAACUUUCUUGGAUGUGUUCUCACAGGGUUCCAACUAUGUUUAUUUUAUUGUUUUGCACAAGGUUCAAAGGGUUAUUCAAGUGAACUGAUAUAAAUGAGUAUUAUUCGUUGUUGAAAAUGAAGUAUAAAUAAAAGAGGUUGCCAAUUUUGUACAAA